AUGUUAAAGGGCUUGUAUGACACCCCUGCUGAGGAGCUCGAUGUCUUUGUGGCUGAAGUGCUUCAGCCAGAUACAGAGUGGAAGAAGGAGCUCCAAGAUGUUUUUAACAGGAUGGCGAGAUUCUUUAAAGAGCAGUGUUUCCAGGACUGUUCCAUAGGAAACCAACAGGUCAAGGUGAUGAAGGUGGUGAAGGGAGGCUCCUUCUCCAAGGGUACAGACAUAAAACACAUAUCUGAUGUGGACGUGCUCCUUUUCCUGAAUUGCUUCUCCAGCUACAAAGACCAAUACAAACACCGACAUACCAUCAUUGAAUUCAUGAUGGAGAAACUCGAGGAAUGCCAAAAAAGCAUAGCCUAUGAUAUUACCAACAUCUCUAAACAAGAGUCCUCAAAGAGGUCCGUGCCCCCACGAUCCCUGAACUUCGAUGUCCAGUCAAAAAAGAGGAAGAAAUUGAUCCAUGUGGAUGUGCUGCCAGUCUUUGAUGCUCUAGAUUCAGGACUUACUAAGCAGCAGGUCUAUGAAAAACUAAUCAAGGAGAAAGGGUACCCUGGAGAGUUCACUCCAUCCUUCAGUGAACUGCAAAGAAGUUUUGUGAAAGAUCGUCCGACCAAGCUGAAGAGCCUUCUUCGACUAGUGAAACACUGGUACCGACAGUAUGUGAAGAACAAAUACCAAGGAAAGCAUCUGCCCCCAAAAUAUGCCCUGGAGCUGCUGACUAUCUAUGCCUGGGAGACAGGAACCAAAGAGGCAGAGAACUUCAAUCUAGCUGAAGGAUUUGCCACUGUGAUGAAGUUGCUGAAGGAUUACAAAGAUAUAUGUAUCUACUGGACUAAAUAUUACAAGUUCAAAACUCCACUAGUCAGCCACUUUGUGAAAAAGCAGCUGAGGUACAUACCACAAACCAAGGAUAAAAAAAGGCCAGUCAUCUUGGACCCAGCAGACCCCACCAACAAAGUAGGAAAUAGAUCAGAGUGGGACCUGGUAGCAAAGGAGGCUUCUCACUGCCUUCGCCAGGCCUGCUUUCAAAUGAAAAAUGGAAGGCACAUCUCAAGCUGGAAUGUAAAGGGAGCAAGAAAUAUAGAGGUCAUUCUAACACGUCCUAAUUUUUGGACAUUGAAAUACUGUGUGAAUCCCUAUGACCCCAUCCAAAAGAUGAAAGAAGAGAUUGAAAGAGUUAAAAAUAUCCCUAUAGAUGAUCAGCGGCUCUCCUUCAAGGAACCCAAGAGAAAGCCCAAGGUAUUGAUGGCACACAGCACCCUGGAAGAAUAUGAGAUCUUCUACCAAAUCAAAAUCCAAGUGCUGGUCAUCAGUUCUGCCAGAUGCAAAAUCCAUGUGCAAUUUCCUGAUGACACCUGCCAAACCUACCCCCUUGAAAGCAGAGAUACUGUCCUGACGGUGAAACAGCAGAUUGAAGAGCAGGAAAGGCAGCCAGUGACAGAGCAGGUCCUGAUAUUCCAAGGCGAAUUCCUUCGACAGAAAAGAUGUCUCAGAUACUAUGGCAUUAAAGAUGGUGACACCCUGGAGUUAGAGUUGAAGACCAGAAAGCAAAAGAAGAAAUUGAAGGCCAGGAAAGGAAAGGAGGUGUUGGUAAUAGAUUAG